GUGGAGUAUAAUUGUGAACACAUGAAUCACAGAAAGGGAACAGUUCCUGAAACAAAAAUGCACGCAGACAUUUUCUUCCUUGUUUCAUUAAAUCGGAAUGCAUGUGUUUGUUUUCCAUUCUAACCAACUAAGGGAUAAUUUGAUUUGAUUGCAAUACUCCUGCAACUUCAGCGUAAGACUUUUAUAGUUUUCUCAGGAAAUAAAUGCAUUUUGCUUAUUUGCUUAUUCAAUUAAAGCACAAUUAGUAGGAUCUGUAACCUAUUAAACUGAAAUUAAUUUCAACCCAGCACAACAUGUGAGCAUUGCCUUUUUGUGUUUUUAAUACCUGUCAGAGAUUCCAAUUAGCCUUGUCUUUGCAAGCUAGUUACUUCCUCUUCCUGCUCCAUAUAGUUUCCUCGUAGGAUUUGCAUGUUCUUUUUAAUGAAGUUAGUCUUUUCCCACACCCAUAACUCCUGAAGCUGUUAACCCCUUGGAUAAAUCUCCUGUAGAGAAAAAUCUUGCCAAACAAAAGCAGACUACUUGUAUCAUUAACAACCUUUUGUUUAAUGACCUUUCAGAAUUACAACAGCACUGAAAAAAGUGACUUAUGUACAUUUUUCACACUUAAUGACCGUUGUAUGUGAUCAUGUGAUCAAAAUUCUUGUGAUCCCCUUUUGUGACCUUUUGAUAAACAAAGUCAAUGGGGAAGCCAGAUAACAAACAAGGUUGCUAACUUACCAGCUGCAGUGAUUCACUUAACAACCGAGGCAAGAAAAGUUGUAAAAUGGAGCAAAAUUCACUUAACAAAUGUCUGACUUAACCAUUUUGGGGCUCAGUUGUGAUCGUAAGUUGAGGACUACCUGUAGUUCAGACAUUCAAGUGAAAAUAGUGUUAGGCUGGUCUUUUCCCCAGAUCUGACCUGCUGUCCUUAGCAUAGGUUUUUCAAGGUACAUUUUCUUCAUUGUAUGCAUAAUUAACUCUUUUUCUAUAAAAUGUCCUGACCUUUCACAUUUUUGUUUCCUGGAUUUGAACUACUUUGAGCUGUUCUUGGCGAUGAGUAAACUAAAUCACGCUUCAUAUUUUAACGGAAUGUUGUACCUUUCUCCCCACAAAAUGACCGUGUCAUUUCCAAUCAGGCAGCUCAUCCAAACAUGAGGACCUAUUAUUUCUGCACAGAUACAGGGAAGGAAAUGGAAUUAUGGAUGAAAGCCAUGAUAGAUGCAGCUCUUGUACAGACAGAGCCCGUGAAAAGAGCAGACAAGAUUACUUUUGAAAACACAGCAUCUCGUGAACUAAAUAACAUUCCAAACCACCGAGAGCUAAUUAAGCCAGAGACUCAGAACAAUCAGCGGAACAGAGAAGGAUGCAAAACGGAAGAGAAGAAGUCCUUAGAGGCAGAAAAAUACGGGUUUCAGAAAGUUGGGCGUGAUAGACCCUUAACAAAAAUCAACAGUGUAAAAGUGAAUUCCUUUGGGUCAGAGUAUGGAACUUUGCCAGCCAGCGUGGCUUCAUCAGGCCAUUACAGGCCAGUUCACUUAAAUGGGUCAGAGAAAGCUGUAAACCUUAUUCUGGGAGAUUCCGGCGAUGGGAUCCAUCACAACGCCAUGCACUCUCAUAUAGAAUCUGAACGUGUCAUCCAAAGAACUAAUUCCAUGUUACAGUUGGAGCAGUGGAUUAAAAUACAGAGAGGGAAGGGACAAGAUGAAGAAACAAGAGGCAUAAUUUCUUAUCAGACUCUACCAAGAAAUAUGCCAAGCCAUCGAGCCCAAGUCCUACCUCGUUAUCCAGAAGGUUAUCGCACUCUUCCAAGAAACAUGAAGACCAGGCCAGAUAGCAUCUGCAGUGCAACACCUCUUUAUGAUAAGACCCUUGGAUCCUUGCCAGCGGAAGAUAAAAGGAGAUCGAUGCGGGAUGACACCAUGUGGCAACUCUACGAAUGGCAACAACGGCAGUUUUACAAUAAGCAAACAACUCUUACUAGACACGGUACUUUAAGCAGUCCCAAAACCAUGAUUAAUAUAUCUGAUCAAACAAUGCAUUUGAUUCCCACAUCACCUUCCCAUGGUUCAAUAGCAGGUUUCCAAGGAUACUCCCCUCAGAGGAACUACAGGUCAGAAGUGUCCUCCCCCGUGCAAAGAGGAGACGUCACCAUUGAGCGUAGACACAGAUCACAUCACAACAAGCAGCAUGCCUAUGUGCCUGAAAGAAGGUCAAUUCCAGCUGGCUUGAGUGUACAGCCUAUUACUCCCCAGAGCUUGCAAGACAAAACUCCAGAGGAGCUCACGCUGCUACUCAUAAAGCUGAGAAGGCAGCAAGCCGAACUGAGUAGUAUCCGGGAACACACAUUAGCACAACUCAUGCAACUAAAACUUGAGGCCAGCAGUCCAAAGAGUGAGAUUCUCUCUCAUCAUCUCCAAAGGAAUGCCAUUUAUUUGGACCAUCAGAUGAAAGAGAAUGAACCUUUAAUCAUCUUGGUUCACACUAUGAUUGAGAACUCGGCGCUAAGACCACAACUAUACCAUCAACUGACGCAAGAUGAUAGUAGGGCUGCUCUGUACAAAUACAGAUCAGAAGAACUGGAUAUUGAUGCUAAGCUUAGCCGGUUAUGUGAACAAGAUAAAGUGGUACAGGCCCUUGAAGAGAAGCUUCAGCAGCUGCACAAGGAAAAAUACACACUUGAGCAAGCUCUGCUAUCAGCCAGCCAAGAGAUACAAAUGAAUGAAGAAAAUCCAGCUGCCAUACAAAAUGUCAUCUUACAGAGGGAUGAUUUACAGAACGGCCUGCUUAGCACUUGUCGAGAAGUAUCUCGAGCUACGGCGGAACUCGAGAGAGCUUGGAGAGAAUACGACAAACUAGAAUAUGAUGUAACAAUCACGAAGAACCACAUGCAGGAGCAGCUGGAGCGGACAGGCGAGGUUCAGAGUGAAUCGGCUGGAAUACAGCGUGCUCAGAUCCAAAAAGAGCUUUGGCGAAUUCAGGAUGUAAUGGAAGGUUUGAGUAAACAUAAGCAGCAAAGAAACAGCACCACGGAGGCAGGUAUCAUAGCAUCAAAGACCUUUUCACCAAAGUAUAAAAAUGAGGAAGAGGAAGUAGUCCCACCUCGUCCUCCACUCCCUCGGUCCUAUGACUUUGCAGAGCAGCUUCCCAUAAUCCCCCCUCUGCCCAGUGAUAGCAGCUCCUUGCUCUGUUAUAGCAGGGGCCCCGUCCAUCUGCCUGAAGACAGGAAGAUUCAUCAAGUUCAAGGCUACCAAAGAAAUGGAGCUCACUCUGGUCCUGAUUAUCGGCUUUAUAAAAGUGAACCUGAACUAACAACUGUAACAGAGGUUGAUGAAUCGAAUGGAGAAGAAAAAGCAGACCCAGUUUCUGAGUCAGAAGCUUCUGUGACUAAAGGGUCACAUUUUCCCAUUGGAGUUGUGCCACCCAGAACAAAGUCACCAACCCCAGAAUCUUCAACAAUCGCUUCUUACGUGACUUUAAGGAAAACAAAGAAGAUAGAUCUAAGAACGGAAAGGCCGAGAAGCGCAGUGGAGCAAUUAUGCUUGGCAGAAAGUACUCGCCCACGAAUGACAUUGGAAGAACAGAUGGAAAGAAUAAAAAGGCAUCAACAGGCCUGUUUGCGUGAGAAAAAGAAAGGGCUGAAUAUUAUUGGCAUUUCAGAUCUGUCCCCUUCACAAAGUCCAGCCCUCGUCAGAGAAAAUCCUUUUAAAUUAUUGCAGAGCCCAAGGAAAGAAAACUUUGUAUGCAAUCCCAAGGAAGUAGAAUAUGGCGUUAAAAUGAGCAAUGUGAACCAAAGCCAUCCGAAUGAUGUAGAAGACACACCUUGGUUGAAAGAAAAUGAUUGUGCCAAUGAACAUAAUCCUACUUUUAUUACACAGUUACCAAAAAAUGAAGAUCAGCGGUUCCCAGAUGUUUCCGAGCCAGAGGAGAGAAAUCCUGAACAAGCACCUGAGAAGCCAGAAGAACAGACAGGAAACAGUAAUGCCAGCAGCCCCAACAAGGAGGCCCCCGUCAUCAACCACAAGCUUGAAAGCAGCUCAGAAGAGAGUGAAAAAAGUGGAAUUCAAGAGCAACAGGAGGAUAUGGUUUCUUCUCCUUCGUUCGAGAUGCCAGCACAGACUUCAAAGGGAAACUCCGCAGCAGCAGCCCUGCUGGCUUCUGCUGAGACCAUCCAUGGCUGACUUCCCAAACACGCCUGUGGAAAGACAAGGAUGCUGUACAGUCACUUUUAUGAAAUCUAUGAAAUUCAUAGUUCCGAUGCUUUUGUCCAUAGAGCAUCAUUUUAUCACAUUGUGGAAAACAUUUAUUCCAAGAGAGCUUUAAAUAUCCCCACCGUUACCCCCUCAACCAACUCAAGAGUUCUUGCCGCUGUCACCAGCUUCCUGCUAUCGCUGCUCUGUAUUCAUUCCAUUCACACAACUGAGAGUUCUCCUCUUCCUCUUUCUCUUAUGGGUGGUCUACAGUCAGAACCAUCCCCUCCUGAAAGGGUUUGAAUUUGGAAGGAUUCCUUUGGGGCCUCCCCUUACUGGUUUCUUUUGCUGUCAACCCUGAAACAUGGUUUCUUUCCAAAGCUGAUCAUGUCUCAUUUUCACUUUUUGAUUAAUCAAUGCCACCACCCUCUAUUUAAAAUGUGCCAUUUUUUUAAAAAAAAAAUCAUUGCAUAGUUAAGAUGUGUCCUUUUUUGUUUGUUGUUGUUCUGUAAGUACAUCCCAGUCAGAUUGCAAAGUCAGUUACUGCCAUUCUGCUAUCCGCAUACUCACGAACGCUAGUAUUUACUCCUCUUUUUUUUUUUUUUGCCUUUUUUUACAAAAAGAAAUGGAACUGGAUGGACUGGGCUCUUUUUCCUCUGUUGAAAUAGGGUGUAUAUAUAUAUCAAGAAGCAGGUAUAUUCAAUUUCCAGUUAAGUCUGUGUACAAAUGUAAUUAUGUUCAUUGUGUAUAUAUUAUACAAUGAGCACAACUAAUGUAAGUAUAAGAAACCCCUUAUUAUUGUUCAAAGGCAAAUGUUCAUAUCUCAUUUCUUUUAUAUCAUGUUAUAAAUAAAUGUUGAUGUUCUUAAAA